AUGCAUACAUCAGCACAAAAAUUGAAUGCAAUUGUAAUGAAUAUCAGGCAAUUUGUAUCAACUGAAGCAUCAUUACGAUGCAUUCUGUUGGUAUUUUGUUUUUUUCAAAUAAGUGCUGCACCAGUCACAAAUCUAAUUUGCUCAGCUGCUAAUCUCAUCGCACCAGGCUCAUCGCUUCUGUACAAAUAUUCAACAUCAUCGAAAUUGUCUGUUGCUGGUGGUCAGAAUGAUGUUCAAAGUAAAAUUACAGCUGAUGUACACAUUAAAGGGUCGGGUGAUUGUAAUUAUGCCGUUCAGCUUCGUAAUGUUAAAAUUACCGAAACAUAUGAUGAAAAAGAUGAAACAGUUUCACUUGGAGAUAGUCAAAAAGAUCUUGAAAGUACAAUUGUUCGUUUUCGUUGGAUAGAUGGUUUAAUUGUGUUACUCGAGGCCGAUCAAUCCGCCAAAGUUGAAAAUGUUAAUUUCAUUAAAGGUGUCUUGAGUACAUUACAGGUGACAUCACCGGUUGCAGCUGAUGGUACUACUAUUGUUCGAGAGGAAGAUGUUCAUGGUGUUUGUACGACGAGAUACAGUUUUGAAAAACAAGGUGGUAACACACAGAUCAAUAAAGAUAAACAAUUGUCAACAUGUUCAAAAGAUAAAUUAUUUUUGAGUGCUAGUCCUGUUCUUACCACACUUCUUGGACCAUUGAUCGACAAAGUAUUUUCAUCUGAAACACGAUACGUCUGUAAAACGUCAGUAAAUGGUAAUAAACAAAUUCAAACUGUCAAAUGUAAAAUAGUUGAAAUAACCGAAGAACAUGGUAAAAGUGGUAGUCCACAUAAUCACGGAGACAAAGAUUCGGAUGAAGAUGAUACGUCAUCGGAAGAAUUGAUAAAGUACGAUGAUUCAGCAAAAGAUGAUGACGACGAAGGAAGUUCAAAAGUUAUCUAUAUCAAACAAGAAAUAACAUUACAAACUGGUGCGGCGAAUUUGGAUGGAACUGCUAUAAGAAAUGUUAAUCGACAAACAUUACAAUUUGUUCCAAGUGCAACUUACGCUCGUACAAAUGAAAAAGUUGAAGCAUUAUCAUCAAAAAUACAAGGUCUAUUAAAUUCAAAGGAUUGGGAUCAACUUGCGGCAUCACGUUUUCUCGAAGUAGCCAAUGAACUAAGACAAAUGGAUAGAAGUAGUUUAAAUUUUCUUAAGGGAAAUCCCCAAUUGAAACAAUUAGUAUCAACGUUCAUGAAUACAGUGUACGCUGAUCAAACUGCAUCGUUGUUAAACCUAGAUGAAACAACAUUGAAAUUUAAUAAUCCAUUGGCUGUUUAUUACAUUGAUAAUCCAUCAGUCGAAUUAGUUGAUCAGAUUAUACGAGGUGCGAGAAAAUUGAAUGCAGAUCAAGUGGAAGAUUUUGUUGGGCCGGCAGCAACCAUCAUCAAACAUUAUGCCGCUCGUCGAAAUAAAAAUGCUGAUGAGAAAGUAAAAGAUUUUCAAAAAGCAAUAUCAAAAUUUGUUAGCAAUGCUGGUAAAGGUACAGGUGUGACAACAUCAACGUUAGCUGCUUACGCUCAACUGGGUGUUUAUGAUGAUAAUGUUAAAAAAUGUUUGGAUGAUCAACUUCCAUUAGAAGUUCAAUUUCAUGCGUUGAAUGUCAUUAAAAGUAUUAAUGAUAAAUAUUUGGAUGAUAAUGAAGAAAAAACAUUUAGUCGCAGUCUCGCUGAUAUACUAACGAAAAAAUUACAAAAUAAAUCAAAUAAAAAUGCUGUUCGUAUAUGGUCAUUUCAAGCAUUAUUUACACCGCUUUUCUAUAAUCCGCAAUUAAAUCCGGAUACUGCCGAUAAACUCGAAGAUGCAAUUGGUGAUUUACUCAAAGAAAAAUUAAAUCAGGUGAACGGUUUCAUCUGGUCAAAAUUAAAAUAUUCGGCAACCGAUCGUCUUUGUCCAUUACGUGGUAUUGCCGCUCGUCUUCGUGCAACUGCACCACGUGAUCAAUAUUCACAAAUUGGCACGUUUACAUCACGUGAGGUAAAACUUAGUUUACCUGUUGGACGUAAGUUUAUAGCUAAAAUUGAUUUACAAGCAAUAUUUGAAAAUGAUCGUGCAACACCAGCAUUUCUAUCAGCAAAAAUUUGUUUCGAUGGGAUCAAAGUUGACACGUCCCGUGUAACAUGGAUCGAUUUUGCUGUCAUCAUUGAAAAUCUUGAUUGGAAUUUAGCUGAGUAUUUAAUAAGAUUAGAUCCAUUGGCAAAUAAUACAACUCCGGAAGAAAAAGAAAAAGUAAAAAAUACUUUACCAUCUCCCUUGAAAAGAUUACAAGAGAAACGUGAUCAAGAGGAAGAUCCUGAUCCGUCUGUUCAUUUGUAUUUGAAAUUUUUUGGUGCGGAUCUACGUGUCAAAGAUAUUACAGAUAAAGUUCAAGAUGUAUUGAAAACAAAUUUACGAACAUUUAUAAGAAAUCAAUUGAUGAACAGCAUGAAAGAUAUAGCGGAUAAAAAACCUCUGUUUCGAAUACCGUUAGAAGUUGGUGCAGCCAUUGGUGCAUCAAAUGGUCUAACACUUCAUAAAUCAUGUCAAGUUGGAUUUCUCGGUGAUUUGUCAUAUGGUUUAGAAAAUACUCGUGAUGCAACUAAUGUUGGCAAGUUUUCACUCAAGAAUACUGGAGCAUUGAGUUUUUCGUUAACAUGUCAACGUGAAGUAGCUGCACCAUGGUCUAGAGUCGGUGAAACAAUGAAUUAUGCUGGUUUAUCAAGUGUACCAUUCGAAUAUCGAUACGAAGGAACAAAAAAUGGUCGAUCACGAGAAUUUAAUCUUCUUAAUACAGAGUCAACACUUCUUUCAACGGAUUUUGACUAUGCCAUUCGUACAUCGAAAGGUCUAAAACGACUUGUUAAUCCGCCAGCAGCGGCACUUGAUCCAUCCUGUUUACCUAGUAGUGUCUAUCGUGUUGUUGGAGCAAAUAUUUGUUUGAAAUUGAAUCCAUUCAGAUCAAUAAAACUCGGACGUGUUGUUUAUCCACUUCAGAUUCAAAUUCGUAAAGAUCCAUCGAUAAAAGCAUGGCGAGCAGCAUGGCGUGUAAAUGAAAAUAACAGUCCACAAUAUGAAGUUGGUUUGGAAAAAUUGGGUGCUACGACAUAUCCUGGUCUCGGUGUUAAAGCAACAAAAACUGGCAAUAAUUUUGAUAUUGAAGUUUUAACAGGAAUGAAAUCAUUUAAUGUCAAAGGAACACAGAAUGCUAAUCAAUUCGAUGGAAAAGUGUACGAUGACAAAAACAAAGAAGUCAUGGGUGCUAGUGGAACGUUGACAACUGGCAAUGAUCAAUUAAAAUUGGAUGUGAAAUUAACAGAUAAUCAAAGUAAAAAAGAAAUAUUAACGUUAACAACGGAUUUAAGUUCAUCGAACACACGAGAAAUUAAAGUUGAUGUUAAACUUGGUACACCUGAUCAAAAAAAAACAUUCAAUAUUCAUUUUGAUGGUGAUUUUUAUAAAACCAAUUCGAAAUUAUUUCAUUUAAGUGGUGGUUUCAAUUUGCCUGACAUUAGUUAUGAUGGAAAAGUCCAUUUACAAAAUGAUUCAAGUACAACAAAAAUUGAGCUAAAACGUACAGUUAAAUUAAAAACUGGUAAAAUAUCUGGCUACGAUUUUGUUUAUAGUCGUAAAAAACCAAAACAAGGCGAAGCACAACGUGAACAUGAUAUACAAUCACAUCUAACAAUUAGAUCACCACAAUCAGAUCAACCUGUGAAAGUGUACGAUUUUGAUUGUCAAAUAAAACGUGCAUUGGACCAUCGAAAUUUUAUCAUUCAUAGUACAUUAGAUUUAGACUUAGUCACACGUCAACCAUCUGUUCAAGAACAUAUAGAAUUUGAUUAUGUUCGACGUUCUGUUCGUCCAUCCAGUCAAGAUCGACGUUUAGUAUCACCUCAAGCCGAUUUGAAAGUCGAAUUGAAAACAAAAUCACAAGUAUUAGGCCUCUUACUAGAUCAUCAUCAUAAAAAAAGUGACCAGCCAGCAAAAAAAGGUGAUAUUAUGCAGGCACCCACGUUCGAAAUUAAUAAUAAAAUUCAUGUGGCAAUUGCUACAAACAAAUUGUUUCCCAAUACACCCCGUCCCGUUGAUGUAGAUGUGUUAUCUCAAUUUAAUUGGCAAUAUUUGAAUGAAUUAGAUUACACAUUUAAAUAUGUCAAUAAACGAACACAACGCGAUGCUGAACUGACUUACACUAGUAAAGUGAAUAAAGUAACAAUGGAUCAUUUAUACAACGGUACAGGUUCAGCAAACAUCCAUUGGAAUUCAAAAACAGGUCAAAUAACAACGAAAGACACAUUUUCCAUAUGUACACGAGCAAAAUCGUUAAGAGUUCAUUCAGAUAUUGAUACAAAUUGGGACAAAGAUAAUAUACAAUUAGAUUUUGAAAUACGUAAAAGUGGUCCUCAACAACAAUCUAUGAAACAACGUCACCGUCGUGAGUUGACGAGCGGAUCGAGAGGAGUCGAUUUCAAUUUAACAUUAGCAUCAAAACGAACAAGUGGUUUCCAAUAUCUCGAUGUCAGUGGUAUACUGCAAUUAUCAAAAGAAAUUAUUAAUAUUGAAAAAUCCAUUGCAUGGAAAGUGAAUAAUACAUUGAAAGAAAUUGAUUUAAAUGUUGAUAUUAAUUUUGAUUCAUCUCGACAAUUUACUAAAUCACAUGCUGAGUUAUUAUUACCAUUACAACGUGUAUCAUUAAUAUCGAAUGAUAUUGUAGUUGAACGAACUGCACGAGGAGGAAUAACUCGAGUAACAUCAAAAACAAAUGCUCAACCAUUAUUUUCACAUAAUUUAGACAUUGGUGUAACAAGAGAAGAAGAUAGACCACCGUAUGUUACAGCUGACAGUCUCGUCACCUGUCAACGAAAUGACGAUGAUUAUGUACUACGUUUGGGAUUUGGAUUGCAACGAUGGAAAACUGUGAGAACAUGUGGUGAAUUAAGACGAAAUGCUGAUCUUUUAUUUUCGCAUGAUAUUGGAUAUGAAUUAUCAAAAAAAACAAAACGCGCUGCCUUCUCGAUUGAAUCGCCGAUGUUAACAAAAUCAAAUGGUCUAACGGUGAUUGGUGAAUUGACAAUCGAUAAAGAAAACCGUUUAGGAAAAUCGAGAUUACCAAAGGAAUUUGGAGUACAUUUAGAAUUGGGUACACCGUUAACGAAUAAAGCAGCGUUAAAAUUAAAAUAUGAUAUACCAGCUAUAUUUCAGACAAACAGAAGUAUCGAUGGCAAAUUUUCAGUUGAAUUGGCCUUACAGCGUGGUCGAUCAUUUAGUUUUGAUUGGGAUUCAAGUGGUUCAUUGGCAUCAGCAUUCAAUAUUCUGAGUUCAGCUAGUUUGGGUGACGAUGCAUCGGUAACCGCCUUGAUUUCUGCACAAUGCUCAACAACCGGUAUUAGUCAGUUAACAUCAAAAGUAAAUGGUCGUUAUUUCGGUCAAAUAUUUGAAAAAUCAGUGAAUGCCCUAUAUAAACACCAUGAAAUUAGUAUUAAAGGUGAAGUUAGAACGCCUAACAAUACCAAUAGACCGUUUUUCAAAUACAACAUAAGUGCGACAUUCGAUGAUAAUGAAUUAAUUGGUCAUAUUCAACGAACAGAUAUGCAACAAACAAUUGAUCUUGAUGUCACAGCUAAAACAUGCGGUGGUAAUAACAAAGGUAAAGGCUACUGUUAUUCGGGUGACGCUGUUGUUAAAACGACAAAUGAUCAAAGAGGUAAAAAGGGUAAUUUUGAUAUCAGCUGGGGAAAAUCAUCGGUAAAAUGGAAUAUGAAUGUUCCGGAAGCCAUCUCCAUCACCGUUGAUCAUACUCAUACUGGACAAUUGAAAACAGACGACUUCACAUCGAAAACAAAAGUGGACGCUAAACUUUUAAUUAGUAAAUCAGAGUUUCAUUAUGACGGUUCAGGAACAAAAGAUGAUGGAAAAUGGAAUGCGUUAUCAUUCAAAACAUAUUUCAAUGAUGAUAAAACCGGUGAGAAAGUGGCAAAUUUAAAACUUGAUUAUAAAUCGGAUAUCGCCGACAAACGUGAGGGUAGUGAACAACGAACGUUGAGCUUCUCUUUAGAUCGUGUAAAACAAAUCGAUUGGUCUAGUAAAUCGACCAGUUGUUUAUCCAAUCCAUCAAAAGUUGUCUAUGGUAUUUGUCGAAAGUCAACAUUUGAUGUAAAAACAAAUAGUCAGUUAGCACAACUUUUUCGUAAACGAUUGAUGCUUCCUGAUGAUCCAAAAUUAGCCAAUGUUCAAGUUGUCAACUAUGAUGGUACAUUCGACUUAGAUCUUAAACAUGAUCCAAAUCUCGGUCCACAUACAAUAGUGUUCGAUUUAAACCGAUUAAAAGAAGAUUCAAUUGAAUUGAAUUUAUCUCUUCAACCACGAACAGAUUCAAAAACAAUGGGCAUCACAGUGACAGGUAAAUUACCACGUAAUGAUCCAAUAUCAAUCAAAUAUGAUGAAACAAGCAAAACCAGAACAUCCUACAGCGGUACAUUAAAAUAUUCAUUUAAUGCAAACGAUAAAAAUGCUGAGAAAACGUAUACAUGCGCUGUAGAAAAACCAGCCGAUAAUGUAUUGAAUGUCAAUUGUAAUGGUGAACGUACAAAAUUAACAAUUAAUAUUGAUGGACCUAAACAUAUUAGAAAUGCUUACGUUGAUUUGAAUAAAUAUGACGAUGAACGUGUAGGAUUUGAAUCAGCAGUCAACACAGGAACAAAUCAGGUUGAUGUGACAUUAUACACGUUUGUCAAUACAUGGAAAUUACAACGUCAACCACAAAAAUGGACAACAAUCACUGUUAAACAAAAAGGCAAAGAAGUUUAUCGUGUUGAAGGAAAAAGAGUGAGUAAUCAGGAAAUAGAAGUAAAAUUCUUACCAAAAAAUAUCAAUUUGAAAUUAACAUGGGAUAAUGCAACAACGAUUCAGUUACAACAAACACAACCACAACAACGUAAUCUAUUAACAGUAACACUUGAUAGAAAGACACUAAGACGCUAUUUACCCAAUUUACGUAGUCGUAAUAUACCUGAUUUGGAUAUUGAUCAAGAACCACAAACAAAAAUAGCCAAUAUUCCAUUAUUCGAAAUAGUUGUUGAUCCAGCAGUUGUCGUGCGUUUAUCACAAGCAACAGAAAAAUUUGGCGCACAUCAUGGAAAAGGUUUAGAUAUAAUUAAAAAACGUUUUAAUUUAGAAUUGGGUGAAAAAUCAUUAUCAUUGUAUAAUACACAACAUUGGAAAACACAUUUUGAUGAUAUAUCAUUUCCCGAAAGUUAUAUACUACGAUUAUAUAACAAUGAAAAUAAAAAUUUUAUACAAUUGAGUGCAAAAAAAUGGGAUGAAACACAUUAUAUUAAUGAAAUUGGACAUAGUAUUGAUGGUAGUAAAACAUUGACCACCGAUUUGAGUUUAGAUCGAGAUUAUGCCCAUAAAGUGGGAAUGUUGUACUUUUUCCAUUCGAAAGGUAUUAGAAAUCCUACAACAGCAAAAGAAUUACGUAAUCAGACACGAUCAUAUUUGGUUCAAGAAUUUAAAGGUGUUAAAACCAGUAACGCGGUACAAUUGGUAAAAGGUCUACGUGAAUCACUUCGUGAUAUAUUUCAAGUAGAUUAUGCUGCUGUUAAACAAAUUGUACAAAAUUGGAGUAAAGAACCGGAAAAAAGUGUAUUACGACGAUUAAGCGAAACUAUUGGAUUAACAGAAUUUUUUACAAAAUAUCCCACAUACAGAGAUUUUAGUAAUAAUGCUCAACAAGCAAUAUCAGAACGUCAUCAAGAACGUAUGGAACGUUUGCUAAAAAUGGUGGUAUCAUCUAACACAAGUCAACGUUUAUUCGAUUUAUCAACGAGAUUUAAUCAAGGACGUAAUAAAUUAAUUGAAAGAUUAUCCGCACGUUUAGAAGGUAUAUUAAAUCGAACAAUGCCUGUAGAAGAUCAAGCACAAAUUGAUAAACGAGUUGAACAGACAAUUCAAAAUCUGUUACAAGGAUUUCAAGGAAUUGUUCAACGAACAAAUGAUCGAUGGAAAGCAAUAUUUAAACAAAUUGAUGAGUCAACAAAAGGUGACGAUAUGAAAUGGUUUCGACAAUUGAUUGCUGAUAUUGAUUCAGCGGCCAUGAACUCAGCAAUGGAUACUGAAUCAACUAAAAUGUUUAAACGACUUAGCGAUUCAUCCAAAUUGCUUACCAGUAAUGUAGUGAAAUUAUCAAGAGGUAUAAGCCAAAGACGUGAACAAUUUAGAAAUCGUUUAAGAAAUGCUAUUCGACAUAUACCAAAAUUGAUGAUAAAUGAAACACAAUUUGAAGUAUUAUUACCGUAUGGUACUAGUCCAGCAACAUAUAAUAGUUUACCAAUAUCCGUUGCGAGUGUAUUAAGUUUACUAUCAAAUCGAAAACGCAUGAAUGUUACCGUUAGUGCCGUUAUAUCCGAAUUCUUUGCAUCACGCCGUGAAACUAUUCGUUCAUACAGAAAAUUCAUCAAAGCUAUUGGCAAACGUUUAUUUCAGCGUAAUCCAUCAUUAACACCAGAACGAGUAGCUGUCAUAACUUCAAGUGGUCAUGGUAUUGAUUUACAUGGUGAUUAUAUCUAUUUGAAUCCAGCUUGCGAUUAUAUUUUAUUACAUGAUUUUGUCGAUUUACAGUUUUCAUUCCAAUAUGCCAAUGGAAAAGUUUAUUCAGUUGUACCGUCUCCUCGACGUGAAGUACCAAAUUAUGAAUGUUCUGCAUCCGGUCGUGUACAAGCUUGUUGUGAGAAAGACUAUUGCAGAAUCAACGUUCCAGUUCAUUAUGGUGGACGAGCUGAUGGAGCACUUGGUGAUGUUCGAGAUAGAAGUAAUACCGAACCUAAAUUGACACAAUGGUUGAAUACAAAUUGUGGUGGAAGAGAAAAUGUUCAAAAAGGAGCGAAAAAAGCAGAUUCAACAAUUCCAGAAUGUGAUGAUGAUAAUGAUGAAAUACGCACAUUUUGUGAAAAUUUUGUUCAAGAUGGAUUGAAAAAUAACAAAGAUAGACGUCAAUUAAUUUUUCAAGCGAAAAUGAUACAAAACGCAGUUCAAUAA